AUGUCUCACUCUCCCAUAUUCUAGAGAGAGAAACAAAAAUCUAGAGAGAGAGAGUGGUUUUAAAAUACAAGAAAUACAGAAAAGCAGAAGCGGCGCACAGAAAAAAAAAAGCAGUUGCAGAAGACACAGAAACAACCAUGGGAGCUAUGGCUCCGCCUCCUCAUUGGUCUCCCGUAGACGACCUUGUGCUUAAAAACGCCGUCGAGGGUGGUGCUUCUUUGGAAUCUCUUGCUAAAGGGGCUGUCCAAUUCACUCGGCGGUACGCAAUUCAUGAAAUACAGGAGCGCUGGUUCUCUCUCCUCUACGAUCCAGUGGUUUCUAGCGAAGCAUCAUCUAACAUGACCGAGCUCGAACUUUCCGGCUUCACAAACCAACCAAAGCCUCCCAACAAGUUCGAACCUGCAAAAGAGAUGAUGACAUCAUCAUCAGCACCGUGCACUUCAUCAAAGAGAAGAUCCGAAACAAUCCGUAAGUGCUACUACUCAAUGCGUAAGAGAAUAUGCAACGAACCCUUCGACUUGACGGGCCUCAAUCUUUUCUCAGACCCCACAAACUCCAAUCUCGUCGGCCCAAUUUCUGACGAAUUGGGAAUUCAAGAACCGGUCUUUGAUAUCCCCGACCCAAUUCCCAACGGAUUGGAAAUUCAAGAAACCGACUUUGUUAUGCGCGAACCGAUUUCCAACGAAUUCGGAAUUCAAGAACCCGACUUUGAUACCAAUUACUUCUCCGAUCUCGUCGGGCUCCACCCUUACCCUUACGAGGAGAAUAUUCCUCUCGGCGGCCCCCACAUCGAGGCGCAUGGAGGGUUCGACCAAUCGAACGAGCUCCCUCUUCCUGGCCUGUACAAUGACUUGGCGAAUGCGGAGUUUGUGGGCAAUAAUUUCGAGCCACAAAUCCCGAUUUGGAAUGACUCCCGAGUAAUACAUAUCGGAGAGGAAGAAAAUCCAGACCCCGAAUUGCGAAAUGUAUUUUACGCUAAUAUCACAAAUACUCUGUUUGAAGACUUUACUACCGAUGCAAAUAACGCAAUAGACGAUUCCUACAUAGAUCAUUUUAGUGCAGUUCUAUUGAGUUCUCCCAUUCAAAAUGAGGUGUCUACUGCCGAUCCAGGUGAAUCUGUGGUGGCAGCUGAUGUGGCAGCUGCUCCUGUGGGGCCGGACGACUGUGGCUCCCACCAGUUCAAAGUUCCAGAAGCUGAGGUGGCGUGCCAUGUGUUAGAGGUGAAGAAUUUGGGUCCGGAAUAUCGCAAUGGUGUUAUUUGUUGCACGUGAACACGGAGGAUAUGGAAGUGCCG